GUCCUAGUUAUUACAAUGCGAUAUUUGUUGUCUCAUCAACGCCAGUGCAAAAUCGUUGUUCGCGCAUUAUAUCUUGGGACGGCAAAUACGUCAAUUAUUCCGACCGCCGGCAUGUCUGAUCUCGCUGAAAAAUCUGUAAAAGCAAUGAAGGAAAAAUUUGUAUAUCCUGUUGCACGCAAGGAUCAGACAAUUGAGGAUGACUUUCAUGGGUCGAAGAUAAAGGACGUUUACCGUUGGCUCGAGGAUCCCGAUGCCGCCGAAACUCAGGAAUAUGUCAAUAGCCAAAAUAAUAUAAGCCAGCCAUUCCUCGAAAACUGUGAACAGUGGAAAAAAAUUAAUAGUAAACUAACAAAAUUAUGGAACUAUCCGAAAUAUGGUUGCCCGAUGCAAUAUGGCAAAUAUUAUUAUUUCUUCAUGAAUACCGGUCUGCAAAAUCAAAGUGUUAUGUAUCAGCAAGACUCUUUGCAUGGCGAGAGCAAAGUGUUUCUCGACCCAAAUGGUCUCUCCGAAGACGGUACAGUUGCCCUCUCCCAGAAAUCGUUCUCCGACGAUGGCAAGUUUAUGGCUUAUGGUCUGAGUGAAAGUGGAUCGGAUUGGAUUAAAAUUCGGAUACGUGAUGCUGAAACCGGUAAAGAUUUUGAUGAAGUGCUUGAAAAGGUGAAAUUUUCGGAAAUUUCAUGGACAAAGGACAAUAAGGGAUUCUUUUAUGGAAGAUAUCCCGACCAAGAUGGCAAAACUGAUGGCUCGGAGACCAAACAAAAUGAACACCAAAAGCUUUACUAUCAUCUCCUGGGACAAAGUCAGGCAAAGGAUGUAUUAGUUGUUCAGUUUCCCAAAGAACCGUCGUGGCGCAUCCAAUCUAAGGUAUCCGAUUGUGGAAAAUAUUUGAUACUGGCUAUUGUUAAGGACUGCCGUGACAAUAUUAUAUACUAUGCCGAUUUAAAGCCGGGAGAGGAGAUAGUCUCAGAGCUGGAUGUUAAAAUUAUUGUUGAUAAAUUUGAAUCGGAUUACGACUAUGUGACCAAUGUUGGCUCAAAAGUGUACUUCCGUACGAAUAAAAAUGCUCAAAAUUAUCGUAUCAUUAUAAUCGACUUUGAAAAUCCAGGCGAGGCAAAUUGGGAAACCCUAAUACCGGAACAUGAAAAAGAUGUCUUGGAGUGGGUUAAAUGCGUAAAUGAAGAUAAACUUCUUCUUUGUUAUAUAAGAGAUGUUAAAACUAUAUUGCAAGCAAAUUCGUUAGAAACUGGAAAACUGAUUCGACAAUUUGAUUUGGAUAUUGGCACCAUUGUUGGCACGUCUGGGAAAAAGAAAUAUUCCGAAAUUUUCUACAAUUUCUCGUCGUUCUUGAACCCCGGCACAAUUUAUCAUUAUGACUUUAAGCAUCCAGAUGAGCCACCAAAAGUGUUUCGGGAAAUCAAACUCAAUUUGGACGGAUUCCGACGUGAAGACUAUGCCGUCGAACAAAUCUUUUAUUCCAGCAAAGAUGGUACCAAGGUGCCGAUGUUUAUAAUACGGAAAAACAAAAAUGUCCUCGAGCCACGACCCUGUUUGCUAUACGGCUAUGGCGGAUUCAAUAUUAGCAUGCUGCCAACAUUCGGAAUUACGGGUCUAAUGUUUGUCGACACUUUUGAUGGCGUCCUGGCUUAUCCCAAUAUACGUGGUGGCGGCGAGUACGGCGAGAAAUGGCAUAAUGGCGGACGCUUGCUGAACAAGCAAAACGUCUUCGACGAUUUUCAAUGUGCUGCCGAAUAUUUGAUUAACAACAAAUAUACCACAAAAGACCGCUUGGCAAUUCAAGGUGGAUCCAAUGGCGGUCUGCUGGUCGGUGCUUGCAUUAAUCAACGGCCUGAUUUAUUUGGAGCAGCUGUUGCUCAAGUUGGCGUCAUGGACAUGUUGCGGUUUCAUAAAUUCACCAUCGGUCACGCCUGGUGCUCGGACUAUGGCAAUCCCUCCGAAAAGGAACAUUUUGAUAAUCUGUACAAGUUUUCGCCGUUGCACAAUGUCCACACGCCCCAAAAUGAAAAUAAAGAAUAUCCGUCCACGCUGAUUCUGACCGCCGAUCACGAUGACCGCGUCAGUCCUUUGCACUCCUUGAAGUUUGCUGCCGCAUUGCAAGAAGCUGUACGCGAUUCCAAGCACCAGCAAAAUCCGUUGUUGUUGCGCGUCUACAAGAAAGCUGGCCAUGGUGCUGGCAAGCCAACAUCUAAGCGGAUUGAGGAGGCCACCGAUAUUCUAACAUUCAUGUAUCUGAGCCUUAAAAUGGAUGCCACUAGUCUAUAAUCUGUAUCCAUAUGUAUAUCUACAUUUGAAUGUUGCUUAUUUACAACAGUUUAUGAGUUAAUUUCAUUUAUUGUAUGCUUCAAUGUAAAAACCGUUUAGCACAUUCAAUAGAUGUUGGCAUUUAUUAUGUAUAAAUCAGAAAAAUUCAAUAAAAAGCUUACUGAAAAAUA